AUGCUGGGGACUGGCAUUGGGCUUCUGGAGCUGCAGUGCUUGCGACAGGGUCAGUGGAUCACACUUUGGUCCCGGUUCGGGUCCCAAGGCGAGGAUUGGCUGCUGGCCAAAGUCACGCUCCCCGAACUUUCAGAGAUGCUGCGCUUCGUGCACUCCGGCCUCGUCAGCGGCGACGCCGACGUGGCCUUGGACGCCCUGCUGGCCUGGGAGCCCGCUGCUAGCCCUACGUCCUACCUCAGCAUGUCUUUUGGACAUUCGCACAGUUGCGCCCUGCUCCAUCACCAAGGCCUGGUGAAGUGCUGGGGGUUCGGAGGAAGUGGGCGCCUGGGCUAUGGCAGUCAGGCAUUUGCGCCGGGUGCGGCUCCCAACCAGAUGGGUGCCGCCCUGCCCGCAGUGGAGCUCGGCCCACCCGAGCCAAGGGUCCGAGCCACGCAGGUAGCUUGCGGCUUGCGCCACAGCUGCGCAGUGCUCGAAACCGGGCACCUGAAGUGUUGGGGUGAUGGCCAUGAUGGGAAAGUCGGCCCGGGGCAUGACGAUGUCUUCGUUGGCGACGAGCCCUUCGAGAUGGGAGUGUUUCUUCCUGCCAUUGAUCUGGGUGGUUCUUACGUUGUCCAGGUCGCCCCGGGUGAGGAUCAUACCUGUGCUUUGCUCCAGGGCGGGGUGGUGAAGUGCUUUGGAAAAGGUGACAUGCUUGGCUUGGGAGACGCGAUGGACCGCGGCGAAAAUCUAGAGGAGAUGGGCACGCAGCUUCCCACCGUCGACCUGGGCACGGGCUUUGAAGCUGUGCAGCUGGUAGCAGGGUCCUAUCAUACUUGCGCCUUGUCUCGCCAAGGAGCGGUUAAAUGCUGGGGCUGGUCGGGAUACCUGGGACUGGGACUCUCCGAGAACCCCGGGAGCUACGUCGGCACCGGUCCCGGUGAGAUGGGCGAUGCUUUGCCUGCGCUGGACUUGGGAGAUCUCCCCAUCAUUCAGCUCGCCGCCGGUUACCUUCACACCUGCGCGGUGCGGGUCGAUGGCGCGGUCAGGUGCUGGGGCGCAAAUUUUGCGGGGGAGCUGGGCCAUGGCGGCACGGAAACGGCGGGGGACGACCCUGGCGAGAUGGGCAAUAACCUGCCCACCACGGACCUGGGCGAGGGAUCCAGGGCGGUUCACAUCGCCAGCGGUGGCUACCACACUUGCGCCAUCCUGCGAGACGCAUCCCUCAAGUGCUGGGGCUACGGCAGUCAGGGCCAGCUUGGCCAAGGCAACGCUCAGGAUCUAGGCGACGAGCCUUCGGAGAUGGGCUCUGCCUUGCGUGCUGUGGACGUGGGGCUGCACGGAGUGCGGGGUGUGACUUGUGGUGGCUAUCACACCUGCGUGCUGCUGGAUGACGACAGCAUCAGGUGCUGGGGUGGUAACGACGAAGGGCAGCUCGGCCAGGGAAGCACCGUGAACGUCGGCAAUCUACAAGGGCAGAUGGGAGCAGCCUUGGUGCCCACGGAGCUCUUCGUGGUACUGCUGGGUGCUGGUGAUGGACUCGAAGGCCUGAGCCUUCUACCUGGGCCUGGUGGAGGCUCGAGCUCCAGCGGCCUCUUGCAGCUCUCUCACAACGGGUCCCUGGGCCUCGUCUGCGACGACGGCUUCGAUGAGGCCGCUGCGCAAGUCGCCUGCCGUGAUUUGGGAAUGGCUGGGGGAGAGGCCUUCUCGGAGGAUGCGGGUGCCGGCAGCAUCAUGGCCGACAACAUCAAGUGCACGGGCCAAGAGGCGAGCCUGCGCUACUGCCGCUUCCGCGGCUGGCACGUGCACGACUGCUCCUUCCGGGAAGCUGCAGGCAUCCGGUGCCAGCUGGAUGCAUGGAGCGAGUACACGACGGCUGGAGGUCCAGAUGGACGGCAAGACUCCUCCAUGGUUUGGGACGUCGAGACGCAGUCAGCACUUCUUUUUGGUGGCCAUGCCAGCAAUGCGUUCCUCUACUUUGAAGACCUCUGGCGCUACGACUGGCUUCAAAGAGCUUGGAGAGAGAUCCGGCCCAGCGGCCCGAAACCAAGCACCCGAUCGGGGCAUGCAGCUGUGUGGGAUCCCCGUUCCCGGUCCAUGAUCAUCUUCGCGGGCCGUUUCCUUGCAACCUUCUACGAUGACCUUUGGCAAUACGUCGAGGACGGCUCCUGGAAGCAGUUUCAGAUUGUGGGGGCGCUGCAAGCUCCGCAGGCCCGAGCCUACCACACUGCGAUCCUGGACACCGCGGAGAACGCCCUGCUGGCCUUCGGGGGCGAGAGCAGUCAGGUCCUUGGAGAUCUUUGGCGCUACAGCCUCGUGGAGAGGCAGUGGAGCCAGUCUUUGGCCACGGGGCCAAAACCGGCAGCCCGCAGCCGGCAUGGCGCCGCGUGGGCGGCUUUGACCCGGCAAAUGCUGGUUUUUGCAGGAUGGAGUGGCGAUCAGUACUUGGAGGACCUGCACUACUAUGAUUCUUCAGCAGACAGAUGGGGCGAAGUGCCAGCCGCUGGACAUUGGCCCGCGCCCCGCAGCGGUCAUGCGACUGCUUGGGACCCUGUGUCCAAGAGCAUGCUUGUAAUGGGGGGCACCCAGAACGCCAGCGACGGAUUGAGCUACAGCAAUUCGCUCUACAACUUCAGCCUUCUCGGUGGCUUCUGGCAUGAGGAGGGCUUGCAAGCUGGCGUGCCAGGCCCCUCCGGGCGCGCAGCUCUAGCUAUGGUUUGGGACGAGAAGUCCCGUGGCCUCUUCGCUUUUGGUGGCUUCAAUGCCUCCUACCUGCAGCAGAGCUGGAGAUAUGCCGUCAGCCAGACCGACCCACCCCUUGUGGUUCGUUGCGACUUGGGCAGCAACUGCUCCUUUCUUUUCAGGAAUGCCCUGGGCAUUGGCGUUAAGCACGUCUGCUCCGACUCGGACUUUCUGGACGGACAGCUUUUCGUGGUGUCCGAGGAGGCGAAUCGUUGGAGCCUCGAAAGCUCUGAUCUCCUUCUGGAGCCUGGGCCUCACCGACUCUGCGCCUGCGAAGGCGGCUGCAGCCAUCCUGGCGACUAUCAGCUUGCCAUCGGCUACUUUCUGGUGCAAGGUCCCUACUCUGACCAAUCGGCCCAAUGUUACCUGGGCUCCGUCUGCACGAUCAACGCUUGGAGAGGCUUCGGCAUCUCCGUCAAUGACAGCGUCGUCAUGCAGAGCCGAUGCAUGAAUGGGGAGGCCUCUAUCAACUACCCCUGGGAACGUGCCAUUGGCGUUACCUUCAAUGAUACCUAUGGCUGGCACUCGCUGCAAGUCGGCUUGCUGGACCACAGUGCGGGCAAACCAGAGACUGUGGAGCUCUGCUGGUGCCCCUCAAGCAGUGCUUGUGGCUCCACAGCGGACUUUCUGGUGGUGGCACUACGUUUGGAGAUCCUCUGCCCUCCGGGGGAGUACACCGGCAGCGGCCAAUCGUGCCUGCUCUGCCCGGCGGACCACUUUUGCCCCGGCGGGGGCGUGGAACUGCAGAGCUGCCCUGUCGCGAGCACCUCGCAGCCGGGCUCACGCGAGCUUUCCGACUGCAAGUGCCUGCGGGGGCAUUACUGGACGGGCAGUGCCUGUCUGCUGUGCCCAGCAGGCUCUUCGACAUCGCAGGACGGAGCUACCAGCCUGGAUUCCUGCACGUGCAUGGCGGGCUUUGUCAACACGCAGCCCGACAACCCAGCAGCCUGUGAGGCCUGCGGUGUGGGCUUCUUUUGCCCAGGCGGUUCGCAGAGCAGGCAGCCCUGUGGCUCUUUUCAAACGACCGCUGGCGAGAUGUCGCCGGAUCCCUCGCACUGCGUCUGCGAGGCGGGCCGCUUUCUGGAUGGAGGGACCUGCACUUUGUGCCCUGUCGGGCGCUUCAAGACAAACAUCGGAGACUUCUCGUGCACGCAGUGCGGCGCCGGGACCAGCCACGGCAACAUCACCGGACGCGUCGAGCCCUGCAAGUGCCGGCCGGGCUAUGGCUUCGAAGAGACGUCGGCGCAGUGCACGGUGUGCCCUCCCGGCGAAUACAAAUCGACGGUGGGCUAUUUUUGUCCGGGAGGGGGCGAAGAGCGGCAGUGCCCAGACGGCGCCACCUCGCGCGCCCGCUCCGAGCAGCAGGCAGACUGCAGCUGCCUCCCCGGUUUUUUCUUCCGUCCGGACAGCACCUGCGGGCCUUGUCCCGAGGGCUUCUACAAGGAAUCCGAGGGCAAUGAUGCCUUCUGUCCCCGCCAGUGCCCCACGAACUCCAACAGCACAGCUGGUUCCAACAGCCCCUUGAAUUGCUUCUGUGACAGCGGCUACUACCCGGAAGUCCACAGCUCGGGGUUCAUCAUCAGGUGCAUUGAUUGCUCAAUUCUUCCAAACAUGGUUUGCCUCGGUGGUCUUCAGGACUCACGGCUCUUGAAUGAGACGGGCUCCCACUCCUUGCCAGUUGCCAAAGACGGAUUCUUCCAGACAGGAAAAGCCAUAGCCAUCAAGUGCCGAGUGCGAACUGCUGAGGGUGACAGCGCCUGUAUGGGGAGCCAGCCUAUCAGAGAUCCGUGCCAGAGCGGCGCAAUCGCCUCGGAGUGCACCGGGUUGGAUGGAUUGGGCAACCGAUGUGCUGCAGGCUCCCGUGGGAUGCUUUGUGGCGAGUGUCCUGUGGGCUGGGCCCGGAAUAGCUUCCAGGCCCCAUGCCAACAAUGCCAAAGCUCCGAGCUCACCCUUGCCUUCUCGCUGCUUUUCGACAUUUUUUCGAAGGCCGCCCUCAACUUCAUUGUGGCCUCCAUGGCAGCCACCGCGGCAGUGCGGGGCAGCGGGAAGCUGCACACGUCCAUGAUCCGCAUCGCCAUCCAGUGGUUCGCUGCCUGCUCUGUGAUCCAAGUCUUCGACUUAGACCAACUCCGGGGCUUAGCCUUCGAGCUGGCCUAUGGAGCGGGCCCAGCGGCCGUUCUGCCUUGGCCGCCUUGGGUACAAGAUGCCAUCCGGGACUUGCUGGGCUUCUUCUCGCUGGUCCAGCUCCAGCUCUCGGUCCAGUUCUCCUUGCACUGUGUCGCAGAGGCUGCUCUCCCAUCGAGCCAGCCCUCCCAGGCCCAAAACGAGGCCUUGGCUAUCUACUUCCUCUGCCUGCCCUUGUUCACCACCGUGGCGACCGUGACCCUCUGUGCCCUGGCAGUCUACGUGCUGGUGCCCUUGGCGAAACUGAGAGGCUUCAGCUUCAACCGCGUGGACAAGAGGAGAUGGGCAAAGCUGAAGGUCAUGCAGAAGCUGAAGGAUGCCUUGGAGCCCACGCUGCAGGCCUGCGAUCUGAGCUGGGACGAUGUCGAGAACUCCGGGAUGCUAGAGGUGAGCCUGACGUCUUUGCAGGAGGCGUUGGCGGAUGCCAGCAUGUUUCUGCAGCGGGGCGCCGCUGCGUCACCCCAGUUCUUGCUGCGCGCGCUGCGGAGGGAGGCGUGUGAGCUGGGCUUCGGGGACGUGGCGGCGCCGAGGCAGCUGGUGCUGGGGGCGGCGCAGGACGCGUUGCAGGCGGAGGAGGAGCGCGGCCCGGAGGAGGACUUCAAGCGUUUCCUGGCCCGGGCCUUGGGGCUCCUUCUUGAGCGGCUUGAGACGGAGCACCGCGAGGAGGACUUAGACAUGGACGCAGAGAUGGACACGCUCGACUUCGGCCUCUUCCAUGCAAAGCCGAAUCUGCGAGUGCUCAUCUACCAGAGCAUGCCAGUGGUUUGGAUCGGCCUGUCGAUGGCUUGGCCUGUUCUUCUAUCCGGCUUUCUCAGGCUUUUGUGGUGCGUGCCCAUUCCAGAGGGCGACGGCAUGCCCACAUUGCGGCUGCUUCCGAGCCCGGACAUCAUCUGCAGCUCUGAUGCACACGAGCUUACGGCGACUCUUGCUCUGACAGGGCUCCUGGUGUGGUGCCUGGGCAUCCCGCUGGCGCUCUUCCUAAGAGUGCUGGCCCUAAGAGACCGGCACGCCCCCGAAACGUACAGGAGGUAUGGUUACUUUAUUCAGGGCUACGAGCCGCAGUUCUGGUAUUGGGAGCUGGUGGUGAAGCGCAUUGAUGUUGGCCUUGUGAUGCUUUUCACCUACACGGCGGUCGUGCCGGAUGCCGAGGCCAAAUUGCUGCUGCUCCCUUUGUUGUCAGGUUUCCAAACCAUUACCACAGCUUGGCUGAAGCCAUACGCCAACAGCCAGAACCAGAUCCUUGACUUUGUGGACGUGUACUUGGGCACUGUGCGGUUCAUCCUGUUCAGUUGCAUCGCGGCUCUGCUGAUCCUACGGCCGGGAGAGAGGCCGACCCACGCUCUCGCCGCCUUUUUGCUGUGCAUGCUCCUGGCCACGAUCACAUACCUGGUCCUUCACGUUCUUGUUCAAUUCCUCCGGCAUGCAGCCGUCGAUGACCACAGCUCGAGCUCGGAAGGGACAGAGCUUGCAAAGCUCAGCCCCCUGAGCGGCAAGAGCCAGGGCGUUGGUUCCUUUCGGCGUGCGGCUUUGCAAUUCAUCUUGCUCGCCUUUCAGCCCGCGGACAGCGAAAACAUUCGCAUCAAGUGGUCUUUCGAGGACGCCGUGAUUUCGGCCACUGCGGCUCCGACGGAAGCGGGCACUGCGACAACCAGAGCCGCCCCGCGCUCGAAGAGCUGGCUGUCCUUGCGAAGCCUACGGGCCAGCGUACUCCGCUUCGGCCCCGGUAGCCAGGAUAAAGCUCUCCUAAAGGCCAACGAGGAGUUCACCGCGUUCCUGCUGCAGGAGCUAGGCCAGCGUGAGCUUCCCAGCGAGAGCGGCAAGCUGCUGUGCGUCCUCGCGACCGCGGGCCGCAAUCUGUCGACUCUGGCCAAAACGCGUGUAGGCAAAGCGUGGCUGGAGGCAGCCGUCCUCACCAUGGAUGAGGCGGGGCACGGCAAGGUCUGCGCGCCGGAGGACUUGGAGCGAGCCGUUGCGCGACUGCGGCAGAUGCCGGGCAAGGACGCGCAUCAGCUGAUCUUCAGCGUGGCCAGACUCUGUGCAGAGCACGUGGUGAUGGCAGGGCUGGUGCGCAAGGGGGCCACGCUUCCGGAUGAUCCCAGCCAGGUGUUGAGCAGCCUCCGCAAGACAUUGCUCUCGGAGUGGACUGCUGAUGAGAUGGUGGCUCAGGGCGUUGACGGAGAUGCAGACGAUACAGGCCAGCUCGAGGACGAGGUCGAAGAGGUGGCAGUCGAGGCAAGUUGUCUCGAGGAAAACGACGAGGUGGCGACCCCACAGAGAGCUUCGCAGAACGAGGACCAGUUGCUGGAGGUGUAA